AGCAGGAGCCCGAGGUUCAGGCAUGCAGAUUCCAGCGAUUCUCCUCUUCCUGGGUCUCCUAGUUGUCCCAAGCAGAUCCCAGAACUCAGUUGCUGGGCAGGGCUCUGCCCCUGCCGAUGGAGGCAACGCGGGCGACGCCGAAGAGGAAGAUCCCUUCUACAAGAGCCCCGUGAACAAGCUGGCAGCUGCGGUCUCCAACUUUGGCUAUGACUUGUACCGGCAGCAGUCGAGCAGGACGGCCACGGCCAACGUGCUGCUGUCCCCGUUCAGCCUGGCCACCGCGCUCUCCGGCCUCUCCCUGGGCGCCGGGGAGCGGACGGAGGACGUGAUUUCCCGUGCUCUUUUCUAUGACCUGCUCAACAAAGCUGAAGUCCACAACACCUACAAGGACCUGCUGACCAGUGUCAGCGCGCCGGAGAAGGGCCUGAAAAGUGCCUCCCGUAUCAUCCUGGAAAAAAGACUGCGGAUGAAGCCCGGUUUUCCCAGCCAGCUGGAGAAGUCCUACAAAAUGCGGCUGAGGACACUCAGUGGCAAUUCCCAGUUAGAUCUCCAAGAGAUCAACAACUGGGUACGGCAGCAGACGAAGGGGAGGAUUAUGCGGUUUAUGAAAGAGAUGCCCUCGGAUGUCAGUAUUCUCCUUGCUGGAGCUGCCUACUUCAAAGGGACAUGGGGAACCAAGUUUGACACCAAGAAGACUGCUCUGAAGGACUUCCAUCUGGAUGAGGACAGAACUGUGAAGGUGUCCAUGAUGUCAGACCCCAAAGCCAUCCUGCGAUAUGGUUUUGACUCGGAACUCAACUGCAAGAUUGCUCAGCUGCCACUGACAGGGGGAGUCAGUGCCAUGUUCUUCCUGCCCACGAAGGUGACUCAGAAUAUGACUCUGAUCGAGGAGAGUCUCACUUCUGAGUUUGUCCAUGAUGUAGACAAGGAGCUGAAGACAGUCCACGCUGUGCUAAGCUUGCCCAAACUACGGAUGAACUAUGAAGAGGCACUUGGCAACACUCUAAAGGAAACAAGGCUCCAGUCACUUUUCACAACCCCUGAUUUCACCAAGAUUUCUUCCAAGCCAAUUAAGCUAUCUCAUGUGCAACACAAGGCAAUUCUGGAGCUUAGCGAGGAUGGGGCAAGUUCAACACCAAACGCUGGGGCAAACGCUGCUCGUCUGACCUUCCCCAUAGAGUAUCAUGUGGACAAACCUUUUAUUCUUGUGCUGCGAGAUGAUACCACUGGAACCCUACUCUUUAUUGGCAAGAUUCUGGACCCCAGGAGCAUUUAGAGCCCUUCACAGUAGUCUGCAAUGGUGGGGCCCAAGUGGAAAGGGUGGUAUUGGAGGGAUACUGGCUCCCUGCUCUGCUGCACAAAGACACAACUUGCAAAUCUUAUGCCUUCAUGCUGCAAUAAAAGAGCUUUUGCCAUU